AAGUUGUUUGCCAGCCGCCAUUAAACGCAACGGCAGAAGAAGGAAGGACGAGCGGUAGUUGUGUUUGUUGUUCUUUCUUUCUUGUGUUUCCGAGACGUUCGGCGUCUAAACGCGUCUGCAUGUCUCUACCGAUUCCUCUCACUGUCUCUUCUCUACCGCCCCCGAAUGAAGAUUAACCGGCAUGCCAAAGGAAAAAUAUGAUCCUCCUGAUCCUCGCAGAUGUUACACCAUCAUGUCAGCUGAGGAGGCGGCCAGUGGGAAGAAGUCCCACUGGGCUGAGCUCGAGAUAUCUGGGCGGGUGAAGAGUCUGAGCAGCUCCUUGUGGGCACUCACCCACCUCACAGCGCUGCACAUCAAUGACAACAACCUGACCCGCAUCCCGCCAGAAAUCUCCAAGCUGCCCAACCUGGUUUACCUGAACCUGUCGUCCAAUAAGCUCCGCAGCCUGCCCGCCGAACUGGGCAACAUGGUCUCUCUCAGGGAAUUGCUUUUAAACAACAAUCUUUUAAGAGUUCUGCCUUAUGAACUUGGGAGGCUUUUCCAAUUACAAACCCUGGGGCUGAAAGGAAAUCCUUUGUCCCAGGACAUCCUCAAUCUGUACCAGGAGCCAGACGGAACCAGAAAGCUUUUGAACUACAUGCUCGACAAUCUAGCAGUGCACCCAGAACAGCUCCCCCAAAGACCAUGGAUCACUCUGAAGGAGCGAGACCAAAUGAUUUCCACAGCCGUCUUCAGGGUCAUGUGCUACAAUGUGCUGUGUGACAAGUACGCAACACGACAGCUGUAUGGGUACUGUCCUUCCUGGGCCCUCAACUGGGAAUAUCGGAAGAAGGGCAUCAUGGAGGAAAUCACUAACUGUGACGCUGACAUCAUCAGCUUGCAGGAGGUGGAGACGGAGCAGUACUACACCUUGUUUUUGGAAACACUAAAGGAGCGUGGUUACGACGGGUACUUCUAUCCAAAGUCUCGUGCCAAGCUGGUGUCUGAACAGGAGAGGAAACACGUAGACGGCUGCGCCGUGUUCUUCAAGACCGACAAGUGAACUUUGGUGCAGCGACAUUAUCAAGAAAGUCAUCUUCUGUGUUUGUUUAUAGGUAUGAAGCCUCCUCAGGAGAGACAGUUAAUCCUGGUGGCCAACGCUCACAUGCACUGGGACCCCGAGUACUCAGACGUCAAACUGAUUCAGACUAUGAUGUUCCUGUCUGAGCUGAAGAGUAUUGGUGAGGCAGCCUCGAGCGCCGUGGCAACCAGCUCCCCUACCUCUGACCUGUCUUCGAUCCCCAUCGUCCUGUGUGCUGACCUCAACUCGCUGCCUGACUCCGGUGUGGUGGAAUACCUGAGCAAUGGCGGCGUUGCCGAGAACCACAAGGACUUCAAGGAGCUGCGCUACAGCGAAUGUUUGACCAACUUCAGCUGCAACGGCAAGAACGGCAACUCCGACGGGAGCAUCACGCAUAGCUUCCAGCUGAAGAGUGCUUACGACAGCAACGUGAUGCCUUUCACCAACUACACGUAUGACUUCAAGGGCGUGAUCGAUUACAUCUUCUUCUCUAAGACCCACAUGAGCGUCCUGGGCCUGCUGGGGCCGCUGGACAGCCAGUGGCUGGUCGACAACAGCAUCACGGGCUGUCCCCACCCCCACAUCCCCUCGGACCACUUCUCCCUGCUGGCCCAGCUGGAGCUGCACCCGCCCCUCCCCCACUCGCUCAACCCCCUCAACGGGCUGCACCUGCCGGUCCACAGGUAGUGACGCCAGACAAAGGAAAGCCCCGCCCACCCUUCAGACACUUUGUUUCCCCACCUGUCUCCAACUUUAUAAGGACCCUGUACAGUUCCACUCCCCUGCCCCCCAAUUAUGUUAAAUCUCCCUGACAUCCUACCAGAAGGAGUGAAGUAUUCACUCGCUGUUGCUCCUCUUCCUUUUCGGCACAUUGUAUUUUUUUUUUCCUCCCUUUGUCUUUGAUGAGGCUUGAUACCAAAUGCUGGGUUUGGGAGACCGUUGCUAAAUCAUUUGUCUGUCUUCAUCAUUUAUCUACGGAGAUUUUGGGGUUACUAAUUUAACCCCAGUUUCUCCAGAUAUGUGAUGAAGACGGCUUGCAGAUUUUGCAGUGAAUUAACAAACUUUAAUGCUUAUUAUUAUUAUUAUUGUUGUUAUUAUUUGCAUUCUUUUUCAGAUAAAUUUGCAUAACAUCCAACUUUGAUUUAACAGUCCUUUUUUUUUUUCUUCAUUGAUAUUUUUCAUGACAAAAUUAUGAUCCUGUUUGAGCAAUGUAAAGUUUUGACAUAAAUGUUUGGCUUAAAAUUUCUGGGGGGGAAAAGUUGUUUAACUCAAAAUUCAAAACAGUCAGGAGGUGGGGGGAACUCCCACUUUCAGAUUUUUGGAUUAAAUGCUCCUUUUAAUCCUGGUUUCACUGACAAUUAAUUUUAAUGAAAGAAGCACAUCUAAAUCUAAGAUAUGAAUGUUCUGAUUAAAGUUUUGUAAACAGAGGCCUAUAUUUUUGUUCAGUCAGCGGAGGAAAAACCAAAAAGCUUGUUUUUUGUUUGUUUUUAUUUAAAUGUGAGUAGAUGUGGUUUCUAAGUGAAAAUGAUGGAUGUGGCUUUUUAAAGUGAGAUGAUGUCAUCGUUAAGACUGUGGCUGUUUAAAUGGCACCGAGCUGUAUCAGUGUGUAAUUUUAAAGCACCACGUUUUGACUUUAAAGUCUGUUUUGUUUUUUUCCCGUAAGUUCUUUAAAGCUUCUGUUCAAACAUGACUCUUACAUAAUGAGCAAUAAUGAUCAUUGUAUUUACUUCCUGUCAAACCACAAAGUUGCACAUUUUAUUUGUAAAUAUCUCAGAAAGAUGAGAUCUGGAUUUCAAGAUCUGCAUUUUGCAGGUUUACUGCCGCGUUGUCGUCUCAGUGAACACAGAAAUACUUUAUAUGGGUUAAAGUCUAUAGAAGUGACUUUUAGUAGCUCAGUCGAUAGCCUGCUUGUCCUUUAUCCAAAGCGUUACUUUGAUCUGCGAUGGCUUCCAAGUGAGGUGUCCUUGGGAAAGAAGGUAAAAAGUGCUCAGUCUUGGUGGACUGAACCCCCAAAUGAUCCUGUAAAAAAAGUUGUAGCGAAACAAGUCGACUCAUGAUUUUUUUUUUUUUGUUUGUUUUUUUUUUAAUACACAUCUGCCACCAGAUGGUUUUAAUUUAUUACAAAUUGUUCUACAAAGUGCAUCACCUGGUUUAAAGUGAUUUUAAAUGGCUUUGAAUCACCAGUUUGAACUGGGUUAAACCUCUUUUAUUUGGCCUUGAAACCAGAUGUUUGAACUAGAUUAUAAUGCUUUUAAAAUGGCCUUAAAACAUUAGUUUGAACUAGUUUAAAUCGAUUUUUAAACUGGCUUAAACAGCUUUAAACCAGGAGUGUGAACUACAGUAAAGUGCUUUUCAAGGGUCUUCAACUGAUUAACUGGUUAUAAGUGGGUUUUGAAUGGUUUGAAACUAGACAUUUCAAUUGGUUUUAAAUGGCAAACUGGUUUUAUGUUGACUUAAAGGCAUUACAUUUUACAAAUUGGCUAUUGAAAAAUCUACAAAAUGUGUUUAGGACAGUUGCGUCAAAAAGAGAUCGUAUUUUGUGAUAUUGUGAUGAACUUUGUUUUUUCACUACUUUGUUAUUUUAUAAACCAGUCAUUAAACAAACUGCUCAAUUUUCAAUAUAUGAGUAGUUUGCCCGGUUGGGGGCAAAUUGAUAGUUUAAAAUGUGUGCCUGGAAGAAACUUACAAACACAAAAUCAGCACUGAUUAUAUUAAUUAUAGGAAAUUGGCAUUUGGCAAAACUGUAGAUAAUCUGUCAUUUUUAUUUGUUAAAUACUGAAAUGGUUUAAGAAGCUGUCAGUCGCUUCAGUUACUGAUCUGUCUGUAGUUGUCCCCCCCCCCCCCAGCUUGCUUGAAAGUUCUGUCGCAUGUCUGUGUGAAUUUGUUCAACUUUAUUUUUUAUAUAUGGGUCUGUUUCUUUCAGGAUCUCUGUUUUUAUUGAAACUUUCAAAUAUUUUAAGUUGAACAACCAUCCGUUUGUCUGCAGGCUGCUGCUGAAACCUGUUUGUUUAUUGACCAACAAUCUUCAGAAAUAACCGUUUAAAUCAGACACUAAAACUAUUCUGUUCUAAUGUCUCAAAUAUAGAAAUUUACAUCACUUUUAUCUCUGCUUUACUUAUCUAUAAAUACAGAUAUCUUAUAGUUUUGGACUGUUGCAAGUUAAAAUCUUUUUACUCUAACAGCUGAAUACCCGCAUCAAUCACUUUAUUAGCUGGUAACGGGAAAUGAUGAAAAUGUCUUUUGGUGUGACAAGUUGUUUUCACUGUAAAGUGUUUAAGUACAAGUUUACUGAAGAACUGAGGAUUUCUUCCAUUUGUAUGGAAGAAAUCGUCCCUUCAUGCUGAAGAUUUAUCAUUGUUUUUGGUUUUAUUUGUUUAAGCUGAUCUUCAGUCUUAGAGUUGGUAAGAAAUUGUUUUUCAAAACAAUUACAUUUGGAAAAUACUGCUGGCGAAUUGUGACCCGGAGUUGAAUGUACUUACUAAAGGUUGGAAUUGUUUUUUAAGUUUGUGCAUUUGUUCUUUCAGAUGAUUAAAUUGAAAGCCAUUUAAGUAAUCAUUCAGGACCAUUCUGAGCUGUUAAAUGUGUCAUUGGAGACACACAAAAAAAUAAAUAAAAUGUUGGUAAAACUUAGAUGGCAAAUUCAAAACUUAAAAAUCAAUACAAACCAUUGGAAUCAGUCAUUGUUUUGAUACGUUAUUCUUCCUUUAAUAUUAGUUCCUAAUUGGCAUCUGUAAUUUGACUCUGAGGCUAAAGACAAAAAAAAUAAGAUGAACAUGGCUGACAGUUUGAAACACACUUAUGUCAAAUCAUGGUGUUGAAAUUGCCAUCAAGUAUCAGCUGUGAGGCUGAUGGGACAUUUUACACAAAUCUCUGCAAUAUAGCGCCGAAGUGCCGCUGCCUUUCCCAGUUAACCUCUGGUCUGUGAGCAUCUAGAUUUUUUUUUUUUCCUCUUUCUACAAGUCAUUUAUCUUUUCUGUCCAUGUUGAACAACUUUGACUGAAGUUCCACAUAAAUGUUGAACACUAUAAUUUAUUAAAUUUCUAACCUUACAGCUCUGUUUCAUGUAAACCUGAAAUCUAUUCAAUGCCAAAUGUGGGUUAAAAAAAAAACAUUAAUUGUCCCACAUUUUGUAACAUUCAGCCUUCUUACAUUGCAAAUACAAACUUAUUUUAGAAGCUGAAGUAUUUUCAACUUUCGGACUAUAAUGAAUUGUAGCAAUAAGCGCUAAAUUCCGACCAGGAGGUGAAAGUAACAAAUGAAAAUAUGAACAUAAUGAAAAUGCAUAUGAAUUCGAAAAAUUCCAUUUUAAUAUUGAUUAACAUUUGUUAUUAAUACCAAGCUGACAUUUAUAGUACCACCUACAGAAAGGCGAUUCUUCAUUUACACUCUAAAAUUUAAAUUCAUCAUCUAAUAAAAGUGUUUUCAUAGGUGGAAAUAAUAAAAAAAAAAAUAAACUAGAGUGAUUAAGUUGUAAAAUGAAAAAUGGAGUGAUAAAUAUACUAUUAUUAUUAUAUAGCUGCGACACUACGUGCACUCUGAUUGGCCGAUUUCCAGUCUGGUAUUUUCCUAUAUCAGACCAGUUACGAUGAUAAUCGGUCCAGAACGCGUAUCACAUUCGUUACAAACCAGAAAGC